GCUGAUGGCAGGACUUUCAGCCUUUUUUUUAGCCACAAAUGUGAGCGCUCCCACAUGAUGAAACGCAAACCUAGAAACAUCAACUGGUCUGUACUUAACAGAAGAGAGGACAAAAAAGGCCACUGUCAGGGCCAUUAUUGGUGCCACCCUAAUGACAUUCUAGACAAGGGAAACCAUAAACCCGAGGUUCGCAAAGCCAGGCUUGAACAGGCUACCAGA